GAUAAUUUCGACAAUUUCACGCCGGCUGCGUCCAACUUUGCACUGAACCGUUCGGCGUGCGUCUUCCUAAUGUGACGAAAUGUCACCCACAACAACCCGCAAAGUGGUUCCCUCUCCUUUCGGAACCGGACGGCGCUGAACCUUGACAUCGCCGUCCCCAUCAUUUGACGGCAAAGUAAAAUGUUUCUGUUUCGAUGUUUCACGGGUUAGUUGGCGGGGAACCUUCGUACGGAAUGGCCGAACAUCUUCUGCAACGGUUCGCGGCCAUGGGCAAUCCCGGCACCACUAGCAGCACUUCCGGGCCACCAAUCCCGGCGGCGGCAGCUUCUUCGUCGAUGGCCACACUGACCCAUCGAGUGCACCACGAGCCGUUCGUUCGGUAUCCGGUGUACGGACCCGGAUCCGGCCCCGAGGUGUACGAAGACGAUGGACCGUACACGUGGCACGGGGAAAGUGGCCCAGCAUUCGGCGGACAUCCGGGAAAUCCGUUUCCGGGGCCACAUGGCCCGAUAGUGCCUCCUCCUCCUCCACCACCGCCGCCGCCGCCACCGUUUCAUAUGCCGUUCGGAAGGUUUGGCCAGGCCCGUUUCAAGGGCGCUUCCGUUGCGGUGUUGACCUUUAUUGGGUUUCUGUUCUUUCUGAGUGUGCUGCAGAACUAUAUUCGGGAUUACUCGACCACGGGAACGCCCACGGUCAUCGUGCUGUCCUCGGGUGCCACCAAGGAGAACCUUCCCCCGUCGUACUCGAGCUCACUGUCGUCGUUCCUGCAGAAGAAUGACCACCACCAGCAUCACUUUCAUCUGAGCGGCGAAGACGAUGACCGGCUCGAUGAUCGACGCUACGGCGGUGGAUCCAGCUAUUCCUCGAAAAAGGGCAACGGCCACGGAAAACGUCACAAGGGCACGCAGAAGCGACACUCGACGGAUGCCGUGUCCGCACCACCUCCGCCUGCUGCGUCCUACUCGGAUUUGCUGAACAUUGAUGGGUUGAAGAAAAAGUGAUUGUU